UUGUCUGUCUCAUUUCAUCAGAACUCGGAACAGACGCCAUAACAAAACAAAACAAAAGAAAACAUAUAAGAAACAUGUGCCAAAACAGUUAUUGAUAACGUUCUUUUGUUCAAACUAGUGUGUGGUAAUUUUUUCUUCAUGACGAACUCGACUUGUUCGCAUCUUUUUUUUACUAGAAGUUUUGUGAUUGAAGUUUGCCUAUUGAAAGCCGAAAAUAAGUUUUGAAAAGUUUUUAACAUGUUGGACAACUGGUUCGCUGCCAUAAAAAGCCGAACUAAUACUCUCAGCGAUGCUAUCAGAUCCAAAUCGCGACAAAUUUCUCAGAAUAUAAAUACGUUAAAGAACAAUUUCACCCACAAAAGCAAAACGACUUAUUAUACAAUAACUCGGAGAGAGGAUACAGACUGCUAUGAAAACGACUUUUUAUCUCCUAGAGCCUAUUCAAUGACUACUUUUAGUAUGGAUUACAAUGCUGUCAACGAAAAUAUGGAGUGGUUUCCCUAUGUGCCCCCUUCAUAUGAUGAACAAAAUAUUGUUGAUAGAUUUAUAAGAGUUAUCACACUCAAUGAUGAAAACAGUAUGGAUAGACGAACAGACAGAGAAGAAAUCAGAAGGAGGCUGGCGAUGGGUUCUGAAGAUGAAUUCUACUCAGAUCGGCCAGGACGAAAACCUAGUUUACAAGCUCGACUCCAGAGUGGUAAGUAG